GAAAUUCAGUCAGAAGUCAAAUAAUUGAUUGACAUCUUUUCCAUCGCAUCCAACACAUCUCACAAGGCCUCAUUAAUUUGUCGGACUUGAUCCUUUGUACAGCUCAAUAUGUCAUCACUCUACAACCUCGAACCUCAACCUACUGCAUCAUGCAUUCUACACACCACCUCUGGCGACAUCUCUCUCGAGCUCUGGGCGCAACAAAUUCCCCUCGCAUCGCGCAAUUUCCUGCAGCAUUGCCUCGAUGGCUAUUACGAUAAUACGGUGUUUCAUCGACUGGUGCCGGGCUUCAUUCUGCAAGGUGGUGACCCUACAGGUACUGGAUCUGGUGGAGAAUCGAUUUACGAUGGCGGCGCAUUUUCCGAAGAAAAUGGCGUGUGGCCGAUGGAAGAGCGAAAAGGUCAAAAUGCGGGAUCGAGAGGAGUGGGAUUCAAGGACGAGUUCCAUAGCAGGAUAAAAUAUAAUCGGAGAGGAUUGUUGGGGAUGGCAAAUGAAGGGAAGGAUACGAAUGGGAGUCAGUUCUUUUUGACUCUUGGAGAUACGCCUGAGUUGAUGGGGAAGAAUACGUUGUUUGGGAGGGUGGAGGGAGAGACGAUAUAUAAUUUGGCGAGGAUGGGGGAGGCAGAGUGUGGAGAGGGAGAGAGACCGUUGUAUCCUACGAAGAUUACGGGGGUGGAGAUUUUGGUGAAUCCGUUUAAAGACAUGGUUAGGAGGGAGAGGGUUGCAAAAAUUGCGGUUCCCGAGAAGAAGGCUCCAGAAAAGAAGAAGAAGAGGAAAGCUGGGAAACAGUUGUUGAGUUUUGGGGAUGAUGGGGAGGAAGGGGUGGAACAACCAGUUGUCAAGAAAAAAGCGAAAUUCGAUACGAGGGUUGUAAUGGACGAUGGAACUGCAGAUAAUGAACCGGAACCGGAACCUAAGGCUAAAUCCGCAUCGAGAAAGAAGGCUCCCAAAGCACGAUCAUCGGAAUCUCCUCAAUCGUCACCGGAACCCGAAGCAAGAGCACCUCCCAAACCGUUGCCCAAUAGAGCCGCAAAACUCGAACGAGAUAUUUCUUCCUCUCCAGAGCCUCAAGUUGAAAAGGUUGCCUCUUUGCUAGAUCGCACAAAUGCGCAAAUAGCGGAACUAAAAGCAUCCAUGAAGCGAAAUGUUCAAACAGCUCCCGAGCCUGAGAAGAAGAAAUCCGCUUUGGAAGCCAUGAUUCCAGCAACAUCUGUUCGUGGACGAAAGCGCAAUGCAAAUGGAAAAUCAAAUGCUAGUAACGAUCAAGCAUCUCUAGAUAUCUUACGAGCAUUUCGAGAGAAACUGGAGACUGCACCACCUGAAAAGGAAGUGGCUAAGCCUGUAUCACAUGACGAAGCUGAAUCUAAACACGAGGAAAAUGGAACAAACGAUGAUGAAGAAGCUGCAUUGUGCGAUUUACACUUUAUUGCAAAUUGUCAGUCUUGUCAAUCAUGGGAAGCGCAAGGGGAAGAAGAAGAGGAAGAAGAUUUCAAUGACAAAGGGUGGAUGUCUCAUGCGUUGAGUUUCAAGGAGGACAAAUUAGGCAAGGAUCUCAGUUAUAGGAAGAAAGCCGAAGAAGAAUUGGUGGUUAUUGAUCCUAGAGAGAAAGCUAAAUCGCUGAGGGAGGAAAUGAAGGCGAAAAGAGAUGCGAAAGCUGGAGGUUCGACGGGUAGAGAAUGGGAUAUCAAGCGGAACGAGAAAUUAGCGAGAGGAUCGGCUUUGGCUGGGAGAGGAGCUAAGUAAGACUCUGCAUGGCAAUGAUGAUGAGAGAAAGUUUGAAAAUGGUUCACAUGACGAAAAGGUCUGAGAUGGCUGAAAGAGAGAUCUUUCUGGUUGUGAUUCUGGAAGCCAAAUUGACGCUUCAGUGGUUUCCUCCGAAGUGAUGCAGAUGAUGCGACGGUGAACAAUGAAGAUGAUGAAAUAGGCGACUUGUCGAAAGAAGAAGAAUUGAUGAGGUAAAGAGAGGAGAGAAUGGAGGUGAUCUGGAUCUCUUGGCAGUCCGUGGGACCACGGCUGUGGUGACAGUUUACAAGGAUAACCAUGAAGUAGAAAGUUCUCCAAGCAAACUAUUUGGAUCAAUAUUUCAGAUUUCAAAGAAAAGUUUCGAGCGUAGCGAGCUAUGGGGGUUUGGGGGCUUGCCCCCAUUAAUUGGAAUAUAGAUAGAUAGGAGGAGGUUGAAUGAAAAUGAAAAUGAAGUUGGAAUUAAUUUUAUCUUGAGGAUAUAGAUUUUAUUUUUAUUUUUUUUGGAUAAAAUUAUUACUCGAAAGGUUCUC